AUGGUUGUUGCUAUUUGCUCAAAAGGUCUAUCAUUUCUAAAAGACUCAUGCAAAGAUAUACUGUAGGCUUUUGAAAGAUAUAAAGAUAAAAUUACAAUAGUGAUUAAUUUGUUAGACUUUUUUGAUGGUGAUGAAAAAGAGAAUAUGAAGAAUAAUAUAAUCUAAUAUUUUCAAAUAAUUGGAAUAUAAUCUUUUAUUUUUGCUUUAAAAUAAGAUUCUGGAGAACGACUUUGCAAAUUAUUUGACUAAGAGAUUAAAUAUUCUUAACCAUAAAAAAUCAAAUUUACAGAAACUGAAAUGCUUGCCUUAAUAAAAUGUGAUGAUUUAGAAUAAUUUGAAGAACCGUUGGUGGCACAAAUAUACUAAAGCUCUGACACUUUUUGGUAAUUGAGAGAAAUGACAAUAAAUAAUUAAAAUUAAGAUAAAUUUUUAAUGGUGCUUAAAUAACUAAUAAAGAAUGUAAUAGAGGAAUUCUAAAAUAAAUUUAAUAAGCUAGAUAUUCUUCAUAAAAAAGAAGAUUAACAGGCAAUUUUAUAUUAACAUUGUAAAUUCAUUUUAAUUGAUUAUCUGAAUUGCAAAAUUGCUCAUUAGAAGGAACAUAAAAUUGAGUUGUAGAAUUUUAUAGAGAAUGAAUUAAGACCUUUUGAUAAAAAGUUUGAAUAAGGGUUGAAAAUUUGCAUAUAGAAAAUUAGGGAUGAAGCUAAAAAGAAAAAGAUCAAUUAUUUAUGA